AUGGACGCGGCUACUCGCUACCCGAUCCGUGAACGUGCCGGCUCCUAUCGAGACAUGGACGGUCAGGCAAUGCCAGAGGACUCUGGUGGAGAGUCGGAGUCCAACGUCGUCCGUCGAAAGUUCCAACGCACCACCACCGACCCAGAAGCGACCUCGAACCAGGGUUUCCGCAAGCCUUCUGUACCAGCGUCAGCCAUGCGUGGCAACCCCGAGCGUGCGCCCAGCUUGAAUCAACGGCGGAAGAGCACACUGCGUGACAACAUAAGGGUGCCGAGUGGGCCACGAGAAUACCCUACAAGUCCUGGAAAGCAGAGGUUGCCGAGCUCGGGUCCCAUCGCGCCUUCCGCAAGUGAGAAUGCCGUGCCGACCUCACGCUCCUUCCUGCCGGCGCUCAACACCGACUCUUACCUCACCAAUUCCAGACUGGCAAGCUCACAUCAACGGCAGGGCAGCUAUGGCAAUCGCAGAGCCGGCUUCCCGAACUCGUCGACUGAAAACCUCACUGACCAACAACCCAUUCCUACUACGCCCAGUCAACGAACACCUCUCGGUGACGGCCUCGACUUCCUGCCUGACGUCAACUUUGAUGACUUCCAGACCAGCAUCAAGAACUACGACGGCUCCAGUCCACUGCUGAACGAGUUUCCUUCUGUAAAUGGUGGGAGGAUACUGCCCAGAGAGGAGCAGGCAGGUGGAGCAAGAGGCGGACAGGCGAAAGAGCAGAAUCAAUCAGCGAGACCUGACAUUGCGCGGACACAGAGCUUGCGGCAGAGAUUGGCCAACGGGAGACAACCUUCUGGAACACAGCAGCCAAUGCCCAAGGAGGCUGCUCAGUCUUCAGUGUCGUCAUUACGAAACAGGCGGCAGAGCUCGAUAACACAGACAGCCGCCAGUGCAGGGCCAGUCCCAGCACCACCGACAACAAAACAUCCUCGGAAGUCUGUUGGCCCAGGGCUGUUCACAAGCAUGGGAAGAGGUGCUUCAGGGCAGCAGCAGGGCUCGAACACCACGACUACUACGCAAGAGUCACCGCUGAAGUCUGCGCUGUCCCGGACAAACAGUCUCAACAAGGCCAGACGCACCACGAUUCAACCAUCAGCUUCAGCAGGUGCAGAACUGCCCCGUAUGUCGACCUUCACAGCGACCACACAGUCACGCCAGAACAAGGUCAAGAGCUUGCAGCCUCCGCCUCAUGACUCGACGACGGACAAUCCGAAUACGCCAACAGGCGGCAAGUCAUCGAAAGCAAAUCAGAACAGGUCACAAACACCUUCGUCGUCGGGCGGCGGCAGACGGCAGUCCAUGGCUUCUGGAAGAGCAUCUGGCCUUGGAGCACGCACAAUCAGUCCUACAGACGCGCGACGGCUGAAGCGGAUGAGCAUGGCACCUCCAAUGCCUGGCAGCAUGCCAAAGUCACAUACACCAACACCACAGGAGGAGAUACCCAAUCCUCUCCACAGCGAGGCAAAACUUCCAGAUCUUCCACGUUUCGCUCAGCCAAGUCCAAGCCUUAUACCACGAAAGACUAACAGUGCUACGCCAUCAUCUGGCGGCUCGCCCGAAGGCAGGCAGUAUCCGAAUGGCGGCGUGAGCCUGAGCUCGAAGUCUAGCUAUCAGUCGCUUCUGAAUAACAGUCUCAACGGCUCUUCAUCUCGGCUACCGACACCAAAGCCUCGAGGCGGCAACCAACCUAGCUCAGCGAUGGGUCAAUAUGGCGACAACUACGAGGAGGGUGAGCGAAGUGAGCUUGUGCCUCCGGUACCUGCUAUACCAAAGGCGUUUGAAAGUCCUAAGGACUUCGAUCAAGCGCCAUUCUUCUCAUCUUCUCUACGAUCUUCGCAGACUGGUAACUCUGAUGCAGCUAUGGACAGUCAAGCGUUGCCGGCUCCUCGCUUCCUACCAACACCAAGAACGAGUUUCGAUGUACCUGCUGAAACACCCCGAAAGCGCUCGGGAGAGAUGGCUCGACCACAGAAGCACAUCAGCACGCAACCCAAUGGCGCAACGUCCGCCGUACCUCCUCCUUCCGCUCCCCCGGUUUCGGCUCGAGCACAGCCAGAUCCGAACGGGCGCAAAAACGCCAACUUGCAGCCACUACGUCUGCCGCCUUUGAACAUGCAUUCAUUUGGAACCCGUCCCCUUCAUAGCGCUUCCAAUGCGCCACGUCCGAGUCACGAAGUCGAUUCGAGGGACGACUGGAUGAACUUCGCCACCCCGGAGCCGAAGCGUAACACCAAAACGCCUUCGACGCCCAUGACAGCCUCGAAAGCCACUUUCUUCUCCCGGCGGCAGCAGGAGGACGCCAACAAAGGCCUACGGUCCUCGAGCUCGCACUAUGCUCUCCGCGAUGUGAUGGGCAUGGACGACAACGGAAACAUCACCAAGUUCUGGGACGAUAGCGACGCUGACAACGCUGGUGUACCGAUUCCGAAUGCCAAGCAGAGGAGUGCCAUCACGCCUUUUGCAUCUGGAUCUCUGCCAAAGGUCAGUGGAGAGUACGCGCGCAACGGCCUUCGAGGACGACCGAGCGGAGAGCAUGCUCCGAGUGCGGACGAAGAGUACGAGAACAUGCUUCUGCAGAACUCCAAGCCAAGAACGAGAGCACAGACGAACGCUACUAUGAACUCCAUGAAGAGUGGACUCAGCGCUGACACAUCGGCAAUGAGCAUGGACUAUGUCGAGUCGCCGACGGAUUCGGUGAAGAAGGAAGCAGAGAAGAAAGAAGGCACGGGCGGCGGACUGAGGAGGAAGCUCAGUCUUGGCUGGAAGAGGAGCAAUAGCAAGGCUGCUAAUCACGCCGACUACAAGAACUCGCCGCAGCAGGAGCAGACUCCAACUGAGAAGCCGGAGAAGUCCAGAAGCCGGUUGCAGAAGCGUUCGACGAGUGGCAGUGGUGGCGUCAACGCGAACGAGAUGCCACCGCCGAAGCUACCUGCGAGUGCUACAUGGACGGGCGAGGUGCCUUCCCUACCUUCUUCUCAGAGGCCGAGUAUGGACACCAACGAAGGCGGCGGACGCUUCCACAUCAGGCGGAAGAGCCAGGUGCCCACUAGUGUGUCGAACGCCAACCUCACGAACGGCAACGAGCAGAACCAGCCACCGCAACAGCAAGCUCCUCCACACGGCGCUCCCACUGGUCUCACAGUCAAGACCCGAAGCCAGCACUCCGAACAACCGACUCCAGUCACCUCUCGCGCCAGCAGCUGGGGCAAUCUUGGCCAAACUCUCCGUCCUGGUGCGAAACCGGCUGGCCCAGUAGGCAAUCGCCACAAGCCUUCAGCAUCCAAUCUCUCCGUCUUGAACAAGGACAAAGAUGAUCUUGCUGCCGACGACGAAAUGCAACGCCUCUCCCGCAAGCGCAAGGACGUCGACUCCGCGGCUCGCGAGAGCGAGGAGCUAAAGAAACGCGCCAUUGCUCGCAGCCCAGUCACCGCCGAGCGCGUCCUGCACGACCGCAGCUUACUCGGCGGCGCCGCCCUGAACGUCUUUGAACGCGGCGAGAUUGUCGACUACGAGGCCGACGGCAUCUACUUCACCGGCUCCAAGUCCGCCCGAAAGAUCAUCGGCAGUCUCGGCGGCAGCGGGAUGGCUUCGCUGACUUCUUUGACGUCGGAUGGGAAGAGCAGUUCUGCCGCUGGCUCGGGGAAUAAUUUUGGCUAUGAUGAUGAGAGGGGUGAUUACAACAUCGUGAUGGGCGACCAUCUGGCGUAUCGGUACGAGGUGGUCGAUGUGCUGGGGAAGGGCAGUUUUGGACAGGUGGUGAGAUGUGUGGAUCAUAAAGAGGGAGGCGUAGUCGCGGUGAAGAUUAUCCGGAAUAAGAAGAGGUUUCACCAGCAGGCGUUGGUGGAGGUGGGGAUAUUGGGGCGGUUGAGGGAGUGGGACCCCGACGGCAGCAACGCCACCCUCAGCAUCACCACCUCCUUCUACUUCCGCUCCCACCUCUGCAUCGUCACCCCUUGCCUCAGCAUCAACCUCUACGAGCUCAUCCGCUCGCACAACUUCGCCGGCUUCAGCCUCCCCCUCAUCCGCCGCUUCUCCCGCCAACUCCUCGCCUGCCUCACCCUCCUGCACACCAAACGCAUCAUCCACUGCGACCUCAAGCCCGAGAACAUCCUCCUCUGCGAAGCGCGCAAAGCCGACGUCCGCGUCAUCGACUUCGGCAGCAGCUGCCGGGAGGAGGAGAAGGUGUACACGUACAUCCAAUCCCGCUUCUACCGCUCCCCGGAGGUUAUCCUCGGCAGCCAAUACGGGCUGGGCAUCGACAUGUGGUCUCUGGGCUGUAUCCUCGCGGAGCUCUGGACAGGAUAUCCGAUUUUCCCCGGCGAGAACGAGCAGGAGCAGCUGGCGUGUAUUAUGGAGAUCUUUGGCCCACCGGACCGGCAUUUGGUGGAACGCUGUACGCGGAAGAAGUUGUUUUUUGAUUCUGUCGGCAAGCCGAGGGUUACGGUGUCUUCGAAGGGGAGGAGGAGGAGGCCGUCAAGCAAGACCCUGGCGCAGGCGCUGAAGACGGAGGAUGAGGCUUUCACGGAUUUCAUCGGCCGAUGUCUAAGAUGGGACCCGGAGAGGAGGUUGAAGCCGCACGAAGCGAUGAAUCAUCCUUUCGUCACGAACGCGCCUUUCCACCACGCGCGCCAGGGUAUUCCCGAGGAGGCACGCAGAGCUGCGCGCUUGCGGAGCCAGGCUGCUGUGCCUGCUGCUGGUGCUGCGACGCAGGCGGCACAGAGUCCCGUCAAGGGGAGGGGAGCGGCGAGCGCGGGUUUUACCGCCACGACGCCUGCAAGGACUAGAGCGCUGCCGGAGACGCCGCAGACUGCUGUACGCACUGGUGGCCAAGGCGUGGCUGCGAUGCAGGGGAGUCCUUCGAAGGGUGCUGGUGGUGGGCCAGUGGGGAAGAGACAUUCUACCAUCGCCGGCCCAGGCGGCCCUGCGUCCUCGACGAAUGCGAACGCAGCGGCUAUGGCAGGGAGUAAAAGAGCGAGCAACGGGGCGGUACUGGGCGGUGGUGCUUUGCUGGGUGGUACGCAAGGGCAGGGGCAGAGGGGGGCGAGUGGAUUGCCGCCUCCACCGCCAUCAGCGCCAGCGCAAGUGCAAGGGAGUUUAGCGCAGAUGGCUGCUGUGCAGAGUAUGGGGAAUGCCGGUGUUGGUGGAGGAGGGAGGUGGAGAGGCUGA